CUGCCAUCCUGACGAACUUACAGGAAACUGAAGGAAGAAGAGGCUCAGAGGUUCUCUCCAACCCGCAGUUUAAAUGAACUCAUUGAUGGACCAGAUGAGCUCCUGCGGGCCAGAUGUUGACUAGUCCUGCAACACGUCAGAGACCGAUGGUGUAGUUGUGAGCUCAGUGUGUCCUUCACGGGGGAUAUAAAGAUGCGAGCAGGUCUUCUGACUCUCUGCUGUCACUGCUGAAGACAGACGACAUGCUGCAUGCUGUUGUAAAGCUCUGCUGUGGGAUCUCCUACCCGCACCUCAGGAGAGCGGCAGGACUUCAGCACCCAGCUGCCGCAGUGAUAGGCCAGGAGAUCUCACACCAGAAGCAGUGGGGACACAUCCAACAUCCCAUGGCAACGCGUGCAGAGCCUAAAGAAGAAAAUGCCAGACCUGCGAACAAAGAUGAGCUGUUCUACGUUCAACGUGGCCGAGAAGCAAUGAUGAAGGCUGUCAGUGUGCUGGAGGAUGGAGACGGCUGGGAGGUGGAGAUCAAAGAGRAAAAUGGGGAUGAGAUCUGCAGCAAAGUGAUCCCAGGGUCUGGGAAGGUGUUCAGGUUGGAGGCGGUCUUGGAGGCCAGUGUGGAUGAACUCUAUGACCUGUUGUUUGUCAGAGUUGAAGAGAUGCCCAAGUGGAACCCAAGUGUGCAACAUAUCAAAGUUCUGACGCGAGUCGGACCUGAUACUGUCUUGAUGCACGAGGUUUCAGCUGGGACGGUGGGGAAUCUGAUUGGUCAGAGGGAUUUCCUGAGCGUCCGACACAGCUGCAGGCAAAAAUCUGGCGUUUAUCUUGGAGGAGUUGCCGUUCAGCUGGCGUCGUUCCCACCUCAGGCGGGCUUUGUGAGAGCUGAGGAUGGGCCAAACUGCAUCGUCAUUCAGCCUCUGGACAAGGACACGACAAAAAGCAGCUUCACGUGGCUUCUGAACAUGGACGUAAAGGGCUGGCUGCCAAAGUCCAUUGUCAAUCAGACUCUGCCUCGAGUCCAGCUGGACUUCACACACCACCUCCGCAGACAUCUCAGCCUCAGAUGAACUGAGUCUUCCUGACGGCCUCGCCACAGCAGCACCUUGUCAUCGCUCUCAGAGGAAGAACGGUGACAGACUGGCUGCACGGCACAGGGCAAAGAAACACCGCCCCGGAUGAGAUGCUCAGCUUAAAGGGAGAUCCAGCCGAGACCAGUGCCAGCCUGGCAGCAGGAAGCUGGCUUACAAUAGGAAUUAAUGUCACAUUGCACCACUUAAACCUCAUCAAGAGUUCCUAUUUAAUAAGAGUCAUCUCUUGUCUCUUGAUACAUGACACCCUGUUUAUAAUAAAGUGCUUAAAUGUGCUGAAAUCGACUGAUUUAUUUUACUCCGUGUUCAUUAGAAUAGCUUGACUACAGUACAUGUGGCUUCUUUUAAUUAAAAUACAGCAAAUUUGAAGAAAAACUAAUCUAAUCAGAGUUCUGCACUGAAAGAAGGAUACCAAAUUUAAAUAUAAAAGCAGCUCAAUGGAGGGCAGAGAAAUGAUAAGAACCUUUGCUUUUUUUUCAAAAGUAUUUUACUUUGCUCACCAUACAAUUUAGAAAUUCAAUAAAUAUCAUCAUUUAAAGCUUUCAUUCAUGUCCGUAUAUACAAGAACUAUACAAUGAACAUAAUGAAACUCUUUAACAGGAAGCAGAAACUGUGGAACAGAACAGUCAAAAUCGGGUUUUAGGCUUAUACUUUUUCUUUCCAACCUCAACUUUCAUAACUUCAAAUUUAUACUAUAUACAUGAUCUCUUGGUUAGGUUAGGGUUAGUUAGGGCUUAGUUAGUUAGUUAGUUAACUAACCCUAACUAAACCCUAAGUUGCAAAAGUACCCUAAAGUGUUUUUCUUUUAAUUCUUCUUUUUUCUUCCAGUUUUUAAAACAUUCGGUGACAAACAUUGACAAAAAAGACAAAGGUUGUGCUACAGUACAUAAGGGGUUGGCUUGCAAACAGGCUUAAUUUCUUUAUUUACCAGUGAGGAUAUYCACUGUUGUGUUAGGAGUUUGAGAAUAUAAAAAAAGAGCACCAGAGACAGAGAAGCUAUAAAGCUCCCUGCCAGGAGCGAUGACCAUUAAARCCAUCAGUGUGCCACUAAACAAGAUUACAGACUUUAUAAGUGCCUGGGUGUAAUCAAUUACAAACUGUUGCAGGAAGACGUAUUAACACAGUUUGGAUGAGGAGGACCGUAUCAAAUCUUGUUGCAUCUGCUUGAACACUUGGCUGACUGAGAAGGAAAACAAGACUGCUCUUUAGUUYGUCACUGAAGCAAGCUGCCAUCUGGUUUUGCUGAGCAUUAAAGCUGGAGGUAUGGGAGCGAAAAAGGUAUAAUUGUACUGCAGUCUCACAAUUAACUGGCUAAGAAAAAAAGAACAAGUAGCUGUGAACACAAUAUUGUUAAUAAACAAAGUAGACAGCAAUAAAGAGUUCGUCUUUGCGUUGUUGAUGUGAGUCAACCAGGCCCUUCUGUGGGAUUUAAGGUUUGUUUUUGGUGUCACUUUGCUUGCGUGCUUUUAUUUUGAAAUGUGAGAGCCAAUUUUUAUAUAGUUCUUGCAAGUAAAAUAAUGGGAGUAACAAAAUAAGUUGAAUUGUUGAGUUAAAUUUAGCAUAAUUUAGCAUUUAAAUUCUUCUGCAAUGAACUGGUCCGAAAUCCUCCCUGUUGUAACUCCACAAGCCCCUCUUUCACCCCGUUCUGAGGUGUCUCAGAUCAGCUCGUUUUGAGGCUGUCUUUUUA